AUGAAGGAGGACCUGCCGGGUCCACAGCAUGUGCUCUCUCUGGGAACAAGGUGCUUUGUGGCGCGCUCUUUGGAGCUGAUGCACUGGCGUCGUUAUGCAAGUCCGUUUGAUUGGAUCUACUCCAGUGCCCAAAUGGUCAGGCAUUGCAUUGAGGACGACUUUGUUUCCUUCUUGGACGCCACGGAACUGGAGAAGGCUGGCCAUGCCUGGGCCCAUCGCAGCUACGCGCGGAUGCUGGGACGACAGGUGGUUUUCCCUCACCACUAUCCUUUGGAUCGCGACCGUGAGCACUUCCAACGCGCGGUGCGCAGAUGUCGACAGGUUCUCCUGUCCGAAGAGAGGAAACUCUUUGUUUUCAUGCAUUUGGUAACAUCUCGGAAGGAGCUGGCAAAUGUACGCGAUGUGGAGUCCAGUCAUGGGAGCAAUCUGCGAGAGGUCCAGGAACUCUUUCAGACGCUCCAGAGCAAGGUGGCAAAGUUUCAUUUGCUGGUGGUCUAUGUGAUCCAAGGAGCAUCAAAGUGGUCUCGGGGUGCUUCCGAGUUGUCUUGCAGGCAGCCUGUGCACAUUACCAGCUCCGAAUCUUCGAUGCAGAAACUCAACAUCUUCGAAGCUCAUUGUCAGGGAUCCUGCACCGGUCUGAAGUUCAAGGAACCUCAUGAUCAGAUGUUGCUGCAAACAUUGCUGCGCUCGGCUGGGGGCCCUUUGGACCCGGCUGCGGAUCCAUUACCAGAUCGUUUUCACAUGCAGUCGCAGCGGCGGAAGACGAGGAUUUGCUUCAACCUGGAAGCAGCGAGCGCUGCACAGACGGGCACCAAGACGGUACAUAGCCCACAGCGCCGGAAGCGGCGCAGGAAGGUGACUGUAACGAAGGUCGCAGGGGUUGGCGGCCAAAAGCGGAAAGCAGACGUUGAGGACGCAAAGAGAGAAGAUGAUGACGUGGUCAUCGUCUCCGUUUCAACGACUGUGAAGCCUGGGGUGACCAGCGUGACAAGUGGGGCGCCGGAAGUGCGUGCGGCGCCUGUGGGGAAGCCACGUGGUGUCUUGGACAUCCGGGUGGCACUGCGUUCGCUGCGUUCAGUGCCGGGGGUAACGCGAACGGAAUCACAACCGCAGCAGGGGAAAAAGAGACUGUGGGAAGAUGUAGAAAGUGACCAUGAAAGAUGA